CAUUUUAUUUACUUUGAAGAUAAUAUUAAAAUUAUAUGAGUUAAAGAUGAAUGUAAAUCAAAACACUGUUAAAUCGUUAAUGCAUGCUGCAGAAAGAGGUGAUAUAAGACGUGUGGAACAUUGUCUCAAAUCUGUUCCUAUUGAUGCCACAGAUGAUCAAUCGCAAGUUGCUCUUCACUUUGCUUCUUCAAAUGGCCACGAAGAUAUCGUUCGACUUCUAAUUAAAAAAGGUGCUUCGCUUGAAUGUCCAAACUGGUCAGGGUGGAAACCAAUAAUGUUUGCAGCUUACUAUGGCCAUUCCACAGUGGUUGCUUUAUUAGUACAUAACAAUGCCAAAGUAAACUGUGAAAAUAGUAGACUGGCUACACCAUUAAUAUGUGCAUCAAGAUGUGGUCACAAAGGUGUUAUUGAAGUAUUACUUGAGAAUGGUGCUGAAAUAAAUCCUAAGCCAACUUCUAAGGUCUCUCUCACAGCCCUGAUGACUGCAGCACAGCAUGGUCAUCUUCUGGUUGUAAAUUUGCUCUUACAAUAUGGUGCAAAUGUUGAUUAUAAAAAUCCUGAUACUGGAUAUACCGCAUUAAUGUUGGCAGCUUUAAAUGGACACUUGAAAAUUGUUGAAAUGCUUAUUGAGAAAGGUGGAGCAGACCCAAAUCUCACAAAUACUUUGAACCAGACUGCAUUAGAUUUAGCAACUGUGCGUGGUAGGAAUGAUGUAAGGUCCUAUUUAAAUAACAAAACAUUGAAAGAAUCUCAGAGUCCUUCCAAAUCUCAACCAACGUUAAUUGAUGCUGCGAAAGCAGGCAAAUUUAAGCUCGUCCAAGAAUUGUUAAAUACUGGUAUUGAUGUCAACAUGAAAGAUGGAGAUGGUGCCACCCCACUAAUAUAUGCAUGUAUUGGUGGCCACAAAGACGUGACUAAAAUGUUGCUAAUGGCAGGUGCUAAUACAGACACUCAGGACUUACAGCAUGGAUGGACAGCCCUUAUGCAAGCGACAUUUAAAAAGCAUGUGGAAGUUGUCAAACUCCUUUUAAAAGCACAAGCUGAUAUAAACAUUAAGAAUAAUGAUGGUUUGACAGUUUUCGAUCUUGCUAGUAUUGUUGGAAUCCCAGAGAUUACCAGGUUGCUAAUCCCAGCUGCAUAUGGCAUGCACAUCAGUGAUGAAGCUGAUAAGGAAAACAAAGGCAAUGUUAAGAAUUGGAUAUCCAAAGUCGGCGACAAAAUGGGAAUAAAUAAACGCAACCCAAAUACAUUAUCUCGUGUUGCUGUUCAACGUAGUGACAUAUUGGAUCAGGAAGAAGAAUUUGGCGAAUUAAGGAAGACAAGUUCAGUGAUGUCAGCAUUGGAUGCACAGAAGUCUCUUAGUAAUGGUUCUGCAAAAGCUAAGAUUACAUUGGUUUCUCCUCAAGUCAAAUUACCAGACGAUGUUGUGGCUCCAGUUGUAUCACCAUACUCGCAGCUGCCAAGUUUUAAUCUUCCUAAAAUGUCAAUAAUGGGAUCCAAACUAUCCAGCAGUAAUGGGAGCGCGGGUGAAACUACUCCUGAGAAUAAUAGCUAUGAUACAGCGUCAUUCAAAGCACUUCAAAAUAACAGCACAAACAACACACGUAAUAUAAAAAGACCGCAAAUGAGUAGCAACACUGCAUUCACUGCUCAUCAACCAGAACCUGACUCACCCCAGUCAUCCAUGACGUCAUCUGGGUUCACAUCUGUAAGCCAGUACCGCGGUCCUGGUGUUAUGCCUCAACCCAUAUUUCGCAGGAAACAACCAAACAGUUCGCCACAAACAAUGGAAUUUUCUUCAGGCAUGUCAUCAUCAGCUUGGGCGUCACAACAGCCAACGUUUAAUUACGGCAUUUCCAAUUUACUCGGCAACAAUCAACAUUUACAUCAGGUUAUGAUGAAUCACUCAAAACAAUCACCCUCGCCUCUACCUUUGCCGAAAUUCGCAACUGAUAUGUCCAUAAGGUCUGUGUCCAGUGUGGGAGGAAGUGAAGCUGGCGAUAUUGAGACGUUACUACAGAAGUUGUCAUUAGAGAAAUAUCGUUCUACAUUUGAAGAAGAGGAGGUUGAUUAUGAAACGCUGCUUGAGAUGGACGACAACGACUUGAAAAUGAUGGGGAUCGAUCAAACGAUAAAUAGAGAUCGAAUCUUACUCGCUGUGAACGAGAAACAAAAAAAGGGAGUAAGCCGAUCAUUGCAUAACACUCCUGUUAACUCUGUUUGCACCCCCGUCUCACCAACUGGCAAGUCGACAGGUGGUUCCAUUGCAUCUGUACCCGGUCACGUAAAAUUAGCUCCGUUACCCGCGUUUAUUUCGCAAAGGUGAUAUUUUUACAACGUAGGUAUGACGAUUUAAGAGGAAGCACUUUUAUAUUUAUAUUUGUUUAUUAUAAACUUAAAAAACUUUUUUUUAUAAGACACCCUAUUUGUAUAGUCAGGGAGCGAUUUUUUGGCCGUCAAGUUGGUGAGCUAGCUCCUAAGGGUUUGAUUUUUUGCAGACGCGUAAAACCUGCUUUAACUUUCUCAUCUUGUUUAUUGGUAGUGAACUGGGCACUAAAUGCAAUUCCCUGUAGCACGCUGCAGUUUGAACACUGAUACAUAUUGCUUUUAAGACUUUUUGCUGCAGUUCAAUAAGAAACGUUUUUCAGGCGGCGGUUGUAAUAUUAUAAUGACAAUGUUUAAAAAGGAUUUUUUAUUUUUUUAUUUUUUUUUAAAGUUUUUGGUUUCUGUAUAUACAGCUACUUGUUGAUAGUUUUAAUUUACCGUUCUUCAAUGCAUUCACGCGCGCAAUUUAUUUUAUAUAUUUUAACAAUAAUAUAUAACCAUAUAAUUUUGAUAUUACGAAAAUGUAUCAAAAACUUUUUUUAUUCUAAAAUUUGCCAUGACGCUAUAUUAUAAACUUAUAUGUAAAUAUGACUUGAGUUGGGUAUAAUUAAAUUAUGUGAAUAUUUGAAGAAAAUAACACAA